CUAACUUGUACAAAAGCACCGGCGCGCCGCAACUGCCGCGGCUCCUUCAUGUUGGCGGAGGAGAGGAAAAGGAGACGACCGAGUUCCUCUUCUUGACUGAGCCGCCACUUGAGCUGAGAAUUUGGCCUUUUUUUCCUUGCGAGUUUCGUCCCUUCCCCGCGCACAGCGGGACACCAGGUGCUUCACCUCCCUCCUGCCAGUUCUGCCUGGUCAUGACCGGUCAUCACGCCCCUUCCUCAGCCCACCUCGUCCCAUUGGUUCUGCUGCUUGUAAUUCCACAGCUGGCUGGCGCCGCCCCCGCGUGGGGUGCAGGAGGGGCGGGAAGGGUGGAGGGGCGCACCCGCACAGACUCCACCACAGAGGACCGCCGCACCCCCUACCUCCCGCCCGAGCGCUGGUCCAAGACGGAGAACACCUCGCUGGAGCCGGGUCAGCCGCCAGAUGACCCCGCUGACACCGUGCUCACCGUUCUCCUGGAGGCUUUGGACCACCAGAGCGAGAAGAGACGCUGGGAAGGGAGCCGGGAGGUGACCCCUGAUGGAGAGUCGGAGGGUGGCCAGAUAAAGGAGAGGGGGGCGGCGGAGGACGGGCAAGGACAGGCGGCCGAUAAGACUAUUGAACGGCUGAUUGUGAGUCAGCUGACGGCAGCUCAAGACUUGGAGAAGAGCGGGGAAUUCACCAGGGCAGAAGGAGACGGAGGGUGGUCUGCCGAAGCUCCUCUGCAGCGCUCAGCCAGGGGCUACUUCCAAAACAUCGACCUGGGCCUCCAAGACAACGAGAUCCUGCCACCGCUCAAGGGCUACAAGGCCUACAACACGCAGCUGGCCUGGGCCGGCAAGAAGAAGCACUGGCAGGAGAACCAGGCCGGCGAGCGGCGCGUGAAGGGCGGCAACUACAUGGACGACUUCGAGGACGGUGGGGAGGAGGUGGAGGAGGAGCUGGAGGAGGAAGAGGAGAGUCUGGCUCACAUGGAGGAGGAGGCCAGGGCCCAGGCGGAGAAGCAGGAGGUGCUGAGGCAGCAGGAGGAGGCGGAGCGGGCGCGGGAGGAGGAGCAGAGGCUGGCCGACAUCGCCUCCGACAUGGUGCUGCAGUACAUGGGCAGGAAGUCCUUCAUGAAGCCUCGGCAGAAGAGCUCGGGCGCGGCCGGCAACACGGCCGAGGACAAGCGCUCCGAGGAGGCGAAGCAGGACGAGGACGACGAGGACAUGGACCAGCAGAUGAUCGACCGGCUGAUCGAGAUCAGCAGCAAGCUGCACCUCCCGGCCGACGACGUGGUGGAGAUCAUCAGCGACGUGGAGGAGAAGAAGAAGAAGAGGAAAGAGCUGCUGCAGCAGCCUGGCGGCCCGGUCGCGCCUCGCUUCCGGCCUCUGGUGCCGCCGCCGCUGGCGUCCCCGCCCGCACGCCACUACACCGCCUCCAGAAACCCCAAGAAGGCCCCCAACAAGUACAAAAACAAGAAGUGGCCCAAGUGGUACAAGACGGACGACUGGUCGCGGCCGCAGAAGCAGCUGGACUACUGGUACAAGCCGCCCAAGCAGUUCCUGGCCUUCCCCUCCUACCCCUACUACCAGAAGCCAUAUCGGGCCUACUACCCCGUCUACUUCCCGCACCCCAAACACCGCUACUUUGGCAAGAACCCGCCGUCCAGAGAGCAGCCCUACGGCCAGGAGUUUGACUCGCCGCGGCGCAGGCCGAGACCCGGCAAGGGUCGCGGCGCCGGCUGGAGGCAGCCGCCCGAGCUGCCUCUCACCCCCUACAUCUCCAACUACAUCCUUCCCCACCCACGGACCUACCAGCCUUUACCUCCCCCGAAACCCAUGGCCCCUCCCCGGCGGGGCAGACGGCCGCCCUUCUACUACCCGCCGGCGGCAGCGGGCGAAGACUACGAGGAGGACGGGCUGGUGCCGCAGCUGGACAGCGAGGAGGAGCUGGAGAACUUUAUCGAGAGAAUCUACAUGAAGCGGCGAAUGUACUGAGAGGCUCUGGACAGCUGAGCCGACGGAGCGGGAUUGUUGAGCGGUGAAGAGCUGAGAGGGAAGGGAGUCUCCGGGAAGACUCGUCUGGGAGUCAAAGGGCCCAAGAGCCACAAUUUGUGUUGUUCAACUCACAGUGUUUCUGUUGCUUUAUUUCCGCCAGAGAGACGAUGCUCGGCCUCUUGCUCAGUUUACAUUGUAAAGCAGAACAUACAGGUGUGUAUGUCUGACUCCAUUCAGGUUUAAUCUCUGAUGCAUCUUCAGAGUUUUCUAGCAGACAAACACACGAUGUUUACACGCUGCGUGUGCGUCCUUCUGUUGUUACGGUCACGACACAGCGGAGGCUGCCUUCUUCUUCACGAUUGGUCAGACUCCAGGUGCCAACGCACGCACGCACGCACGCGCGCCUCACUCGUCUGAAUUUUGCCUUACAAGCAUCGAGCGUGGCGCCGCGCGGUCCCCGCAAGUAAAAAACCCUGUGGACUCCAAAAGCACAACUUAAACUCCAAACACUUCCAACCUGGUGGACCGAGGGUGUUUCCUCCACGACAGCAGAUCUUAGCGCCAUGGCUGCGGCGGGAGGCCGUGAUUCGUCCACCAUCUCAUCCCCCCCGUCAUUUCUGUUGAGGAACGAUACUUGAAUUCUCUCUCUCUCUCCAUUCAUUUGCCAGAGCAGCUCACUCAGAGGUUCCAGGCCGGGGAGUCAGGGAUUGUGCUGAAGCCGUUCAAUGCACGUCUUUCUACUUGCAUCUUAAAAAAAAUCGACAAAAAAAAAAACGAGGAAAAAUAAAACAAUGUGGAGAAUGACAAGAUGGUUGUUUUCUCUGAAUAAAACUGUGAAAAAAUAAAGAAUAAAAUCCUGCAAAGGAACGAGGGCGUGGCAGUGACGCCGUCCGUCUUGUUUGAGGUUGUUGUUGAUGUCAACUUUAGCAUUGUAAAGUGUACAGUGUGAAAUAAAUAUGCCUGUGUAAUGUGUAAAUAACAGCAUGACGAUUACUAGUUUUGCUAUAUUACAAAAUAAAAGCAAUUAUUUUAUUAAAGUUCCGUUCUUCAAUGGCUCCAUGGCAGGGCGAGUGGCUGGGACGGGCGCUGCAGCGAUGGAUGAGUCACAGGACCGGCGGGUGACUCAUCCGGCCCGGCACAGCUGCGGAGCCGCACCGGCCUCAGAAGCAGACGGCUCUGCUGAUACACACGCUUGUCUCUCUCUCGGUCCCUGCUCACGGCCGUCACCCUUUCCCCAGCCUCUCCCCCGAAACCUAACAUCCGAACCGGACCUGACACACACACACACACACACACAGAUGGAAAGAGCUUCACAGAGCGGCCUGGUGCAUCACACAUCACAACAUGGAGGCGGGUGUGUUUGGGGAACCACGUGAGCCUGUUCACACUCACCAGUCGUGCCAGUGAUUCACAGAUGGAAGGUGAAGAGGCCUCCACAGGUGCGAGGACCACGUGGAUCACUUCAAGAUCCAGAUGGGAGUCAUGGAGACCAGAAUCAGGUCUGGACCACUGCUGCCUCCUGCUGGCAUGCGAGGCUCACUGCAAUCAAUGAUCUUUCAAAUGCUAAAAAUCUGCUUCUGGGUGAGUGAGGUGUGCACUUCACCAGCCUCACUCACUUCGCUCCCGUCACCUUGCACUCCAUGGUGUCUACUCUAGAGCAGUGACUCUUAACCAUAGAGGCCGAGCGCCCCCGAGAGGGCCACGAGAAGUGUCCUGUUCCAGCCCUGUGGGCCGUGAGAGGCUGAGUCUGAACCCAUGAGCCACGUAUGGUGGCAGCAGUGAGUCAGUGAAGUGACUUGACAGCUGCACAUCUGUGAUAGUCACCAACUAUGGAGAAGUUCUUGGAAAGAAACAAUGAUGAAGACAGUGGUGGCGCCCCCUACAGUACACACUGUUCACCUGUUGGAGCAGGUUUGAAAAUGAAUUAGAACAAUUUAUGGAGAUGCUUUCAUUUACACUUUACUUAUCUUCUUUGGAGUUAAAUAAAAUAUAUUGUUUUUAUUUCAUGAUAUUUAGACAUGGUUUUAUUAUAUUUAUUUUAUUUUUUAGUUUACAAUUUUCUCAACAGUUUUCAUCAAGUGUGUAUUUUUUCCUUUUUUUCUUGCACCUGCUUCAGCUGCUUUGCGUUGAUCACACGGUUUCAUGUCACUUCACUUUGCUUUGUUUACGUGUCAGUAGAUUCAAUAUGGUUGUUGAAGUCAAGAGUCAUGAGUCAGUUCUAUUGAAUGGGCCCCGGGUGCAUUUGUUCUGGGAAGGGUGGCCCCCCAGGUCAGAGAGGCUCCGAGCCCCUGCUCUAGAGAACUGUGUGUGCAGCAAUCCUUGUGGGGACCUCAAUUUCAGGGUUAAAAUUUCUAAAUAACUGGGUGAUUGUAAGUGGGUUUGGUACCGGGUCCUGUUUCAGCUUAUCCAUGUGUUUAGGGGGAGAGGCUGGGGAAAGGGAGAGGUCCCCACAGAGGACAGAGAGACAGCCACGUGCGUGUGUGUCCAUGAGAUCUAGCUCUCCUGGGCUGCAGAGGCUCUCCUGACAGUGACUGGAGAAACAGAGCCGUGAGGAGCGAGGGUGAGGCGGCGAACGCUGUAGCGCCUCACGCCGCCGCCGCCACAGCAUAAUGGCUCUGCUGUAGCCGUGUAUCUGACCACAGCAGCCGCGGCUCGCCUCCAAUUAACCUGUCAGGAAAUUUCCACGCUAUUAUUUUCACGUCAACCAUCUUGUUCAGCGCCCUCUCCUGCCCUCUCAGCACAUGCGCUGAGUUCCUGCUGACUCCCACCACGGACUAAACAAAAGAGAGAAUUCAGCUCUUGGUAAUCGCUUCUGUAUGCCUGGUGGGAGUUCCAUCAUUAAAAUGCCAUUCGAUUCUUGAAAAAGCCUGCCUCUC